CGCGUAUUGGUUUCCGGUAUAGGUUAUCUGUCUUUUUAAGUAAAAUGGCGCCCAAACCGAAACCUACAGAUAAAACAGGUACAUCAAAAAGUUGUUUAUAACGAUUAAACUUUGUCUGAGAAAUUUGAGAAACGUUUCGUGGAUCUGUAGGGAAUGAUUAGUAAGAACUUGCAAAAGUGAAUGACGCGAAAUGUUUAAUUAACAAGCACGUGUUCAAUUUCAACCUUCGCCAUGUGGUUUGUUUUUUAUCCUGUGUUUAGAAAAAACUAUCAAUACGUAUAUAAUUAUAUUGUCUUCCUGUAUUUCUGGAAUAUUUGCUUACUUUGGCAAAGAAAGCGUCAAACGGAUUAAAUUUUUUCUCCUUCUUUGCAGUAUUAGAUGGAAUGGAGCUGAUUUUGUUACAUUUGAGGACAUAGUUAACUUUUUUUCUGCCUUUUUUUCAGCUACUAGUUCGUUAGUUGGAAAAGAUAAAGAUAAAAAUAAACAAUCAGUAUAAUUAAACUACCUAUAUCUUAUAUUAAUUAAUUAAACAUCGUAACACGUUUCCAACAUAUUGUAAAUAAUUUCUAGGUUAUGUGAAACAUAUGAAAUCAUUGUUGAAAAUGACCUUUUUAAGUAGAUUCCUUCAAAUUCGUUGUUUGAACAGAUGCUGGCAAAACAACCAGUUCUACAAAGCCUGCAACAAAACCAGCAGCAAAAGCUGCACCUAAGGUUGCAGCAAAGGCUACUGCCAAAGUAGCUGCGAAACCUGCUGUUGCAAAAUCUAAAAAGACGGCAAAGCCUGCUCCCAAAGUCGCUGCGAAGCCUGCGCCUAAAGUUGCUGCAAAACCUGUAGUUGCAAAGUCGAAGAAAACUGUUCAACCUGUGAAAAAGAUCUCCAAAGGUGGGAGACCAGCUGCUCCGCUUCAGAAGGCACUUAAGGCUCAAAAAAAGAUAUUGAAAGGUGUUCAUGGAUCUAGAGUGAGAAAGAUAAGGACAUCUGUCCACUUCUAUCGGCCAAAAACAUUCAGGCCACCAAGAAAUCCCAAAUAUGCUAGAAAAUCUGUUCCAAAUAGAAACCGCAUGGAUGAAUACAAUAUCAUCAAGUAUCCAUUGACCACUGAAGCUGCGAUGAAAAAGAUUGAAGACAACAAUACAUUAGUUUUUAUCGUGCAUACUCGUGCUAACAAAUACCACGUCAAAGCCUCUAUCAAGAAACUCUACGAUGUUGAUGUGGCUAAAGUCAACGCUUUAAUUAGGCCGGAUGGUAAAAAGAAAGCGUAUGUACGUUUAACCCGCGAUUAUGAUGCACUUGAUGUCGCCAAUAAAAUUGAUGCUGGCAAAACGACCAGUUCUACAAAGCCUGCAACAAAACCAGCAGCAAAAGCUGCACCCAAGGUUGCAGCAAAGGCUACUGCCAAAGUAGCUGUGAAACCUGCUGUUGCAAAAUCUAAAAAGACGGCAAAGCCUGCUCCCAAAGUCGCUGCGAAGCCUGCGCCUAAAGUUGCUGCAAAACCUGUAGUUGCAAAGUCGAAGAAAACUGUUCAACCUGUGAAAAAGAUCUCCAAAGGUGGGAGACCAGCUGCUCCGCUUCAGAAGGCACUUAAGGCUCAAAAAAAGCAUAGAUGAAUACAAUAUCAUCAAGUAUCCAUUGACCACUGAAGCUGCCAUGAAAAAGAUUGAAGAUAACAAUACCUUAGUUUUUAUCGUGCAUACUCGUGCUAACAAAUACCACGUCAAAGCCUCUAUUAAGAAACUCUACAAUGUUGAUGUAGCCGAAGUCAAUUCUUUAAUUAGGCCAGAUGGUAAAAAGAAAGCGUAUGUACGAUUAACCCGCGAUUAUGAUGCACUUGAUGUCGCUAAUAAAAUUGGUAUAAUAUAA